CCACUGUUCACAGAAUUGGCAUUUGUUAAAACCCAGAUUGACUAAAAGCGCAUAACGUUCCUUCCCUCUGGUCUCUCGUUCAUUUCACUCACAUCUUCCACUCCAUUGACAUCUCAAACUUCCCCAAAUCGUAGCAAAAUGGCAACCAACAUCACCUGGCACCCAUCCCUUUCGCGCGAGGAGCGCAACACAUACCGCAAGCAGCCCGGCUUCACCAUCUGGUUUACCGGUCUCUCAGCGUCUGGAAAGUCGACCAUCGCGACUGCGCUCGAGCAGCACUUGCUACACUUGGGCUUCGCUGCCUACCGUCUUGAUGGCGACAAUGUGCGCUUCGGAUUGAACAAGGACCUAGGGUUCAGCGAGAAGGACAGGAAUGAGAACAUAAGGCGUAUUGCUGAGGUCGCAAAGCUCUUCGCCGACUCCUCCACAAUCGCCAUCACCUCUUUCAUCUCGCCCUUCGCCGCCGACCGCGCAACCGCACGCGCCCUGCACGCCGAAGUCAAGGGCAACGACGCACCGCUCGAGUUCAUCGAGGUCUUCGUCGAUCUGCCGCUCGAAGUCGCUGAGGCCCGCGACCCUAAAGGUCUUUACAAGCUUGCUCGUGCGGGCAAGAUCCCAGAGUUCACGGGUAUCAGCAGCCCGUAUGAGGCGCCUGAGAACCCGGAGAUUUACAUCAGGAGUGAUCAGAAGAGUGUGGAGGAUGCGGUUGCGGAAAUUACACAGUAUUUGGAGAAGAGGGGGUUGUUGACGCUUAAGCAAUAGAGAGUGUGCCUCUGCGCAUCAACCGAUCAAAUUCGCGGUAUGCGAUCUGCCGGUUUGAGACGUCGCUAUGUUGGAUUUAGAUGAAUGAUGGAAUUACAAAGUGCCGGGCGAAUAAAAGCUUCUGAGCACGAAAAACAUCAAGACUGUCUUUCCCCCACCAUGCUACGUACGUGAUUGAAGGCUAGGUCGUACGCUUUGCGAACGGACUUGUGCUUGCUUUCUGUGUGCUCGAAG